AUGCUGCAUCAUCGCAACCUUCUGAGCUUCUGCUCAGCGUCUGCCCACCCUUUGCCCCUCUGCGCGCCGUUGGACUAUUGCCCUACUUCUGCCCAGCCUUGGAUCAAAGUCGGCCCGCAGCCCAAUUCACCCAACUUCUCCACCAAAGUUGCCCACAUUUACCGACUUCUUUCCGGUGAAUAUGUCGAUGGCGACCAAGUGGACCUUAGCGUGACCGUGCUUUCCGGUCUUGGAAGUCAACCGAGAGCCAAGAUACACUCGUUUGAAGCUGAGUCAGGCUCGCUGAGUAUCAAACGACCGCUGUAUCUCAGCUCUCAGAAGACCUGGAAUCUGAAUAGGUAG